GUUAGGCCUCGCAUCGGUGUCGGUGACGGCAACACAGAAGCAAUGGCAGCUCGAAACACGGCGUUCAAUCUGCAGACAUGCGCGCGACCGAAUAUUCUCGCGUUGGAGCCGUACCGGUGCGCGCGCGAUGACUACAAAGACGACGGAACCAACAUUCUGCUCGAUGCAAACGAGAACGCGUAUGGGCCUGGACUGGCGCUGGCAGGGGACAACAAGAUAAAUGGUAAUGGCACAGGUGAUUCUUCGUACGCGAUUGACGUCGACUUACUGGGGCUGAACCGCUACCCGGACCCGCACCAGGAAGAGCUGAAGCAGCAGCUCUGCAAUCUGCGCAACACGCACACGCACACGGCCAAGAAGAUUACGCCGGCGAACCUGUUUGUAGGCGUGGGCUCGGACGAAGCCAUCGAUGCGCUCAUCCGCGCGUUUUGCGUGCCGGGCAAGGAGAAGAUCCUAACAUGCCCGCCCACGUACGGCAUGUACAGCGUGUCGGCACAAAUCAAUGACGUUGCGCUGGUCAAGGUGCCGCUCCAACUACCCAGCUUCGAUGUCGACGUACCCGCGAUCCUGGCGGCGCUCGAUAGCGACACAAGCAUCAAGCUCGCCUACUUCUGUUCGCCGGGCAACCCGACGGGCAAGCUCCUCAACAAACAGGAUAUCCAGCAGGUGCUCGAGCACUCGUGGAACGGCAUUGUCGUUGUUGACGAAGCCUACAUUGACUUUUCGCCCGACGGGACCAGCCUGGCAGAAUGGGUGAGCGAAUGGCCCAACCUCGUCGUCAUGCAGACGCUCUCCAAGGCAUUUGGUCUCGCGGGCAUCCGCCUGGGCGCCGCCUUUGCCGACGCUGCCGUCGCGCAGAUACUCAACAACAUGAAGGCGCCGUACAACAUUCCGAAUCCUACAAGCCAGCUUGCACGCGCGGCACUCAGCCCCAAGCACCUCGAGGUGAUGCGCAGGAACAAGGAUAUGAUUGUGGCACAGCGCGAGCGGUUGAUGAGCGAAAUGAAGAGCAUACCUGGCAUUGGGCAGCUGCACGGCGGGACCGAGUCCAACUUUUUGCUUUACCAGGUGCUCGAUGGGCCGGCGGAGCAGGGCGGCAAGCCAUCGAACGAGGCAGCGCUGGCCGUGUACGAGGGCUUGGCAGAGGAAAAAGGCGUCGUGGUAAGGUUUAGGGGGAAGGAAUAUGGUUGCCUGGGGUGUUUGAGGAUAACGGUGGGGACGGAGAAGGAGGUGGAUCGCUUCUUGGACGAGUUGAGGCAGGUUUUGCGGCGGGUGCAUCAGAGGAUGGGAGGCGUGGGCAAGGACGAAGAGCAGAGGGAAAGGAAAGCGAAUGAUGUUGUUGCGUGA